GUUACAUAUGUCGUGUGUAUACUAAUAAAGAUGGCUUAACUAGAAUAAAACCUCGGAAUGAGCCUGUGCUAGAAAUAUCUUCUAUUAAAUGGGGUCAAGACAAAUUAUCUUGGGAAUCAAAUAGUGGUAUAAAUGAUUCCAUGACAGAAGAAUUUUUCUUAUCCAAAGUUUUUUCCGAAGCUAUGCAACCUUCACAUGUGAUUCCAUAUUAUUUUCGUGCUGAUGAUCCACCUGAAGAAGAAGAUAUAACUAUUACCACGUUAAUCACGUCUAAUCGCUUUUCAGUUUUUGAUAAGCUCGUCUCACAUUAUCAAGGUCCAAUUUCUGUAACGAUACAUGUUAGUGAUGACGAAGAGACACGUGACGAACUUCUUAAUUCUCUUAAUAACUUAUACAAUAGUAAUCCAUAUAUGAAAAAAUAUGUCGAUGUUCAUCUUGUCGUUGAUAGAUUUGAACGUCAAUUUAACAUGUGGCGUAAUGUUGCAAAGUUUUUUGCUCGAACAAAUUAUGUAAUGAUGUUGGACGUUGAUUUUCAUCCUUGCACAAAUUUCCGCCAAAAAAUAUUAAGAAGUCCCAGAAUCAUGAAAAUGCUUCGAGCUGGAAAUACUGCUUUAGUCAUUCCUGCUUUUGAAUAUGCUGAUUUGAAUGAAGGUCUUAAUCAUAGUACUUUUCCAACUACUAAAAAGGAUGCUUUAAAGUUAAUUGACUCAAACCGAUUAGUCAUGUUCCAUGCUUCGUGGAAACCUGGCCAUGGUUCCUCGAAUUACGAUGCAUGGCAUCAUACAAAUGUGCUAUAUAAGGUUACGCAUUAUCAAUACCAAUAUGAACCUUACGUUAUAUUUCCGAAGAAUAGCGCAUGGUGUGAUGAACGAUUUGUUGGUUAUGGUGCAAAUAAAGCUGCAUGUCUUUUUGAAUUAUAUCUUUCUGGUGUUAACUAUUGGGUACUUCCUGAAGACUUCUUAAUUCAUCAAACACACGAAUAUCUAGAAACUGCAAGAAAGCAUGAGCGAAUGUUCAACAGAAGGCUUUAUGAUAAUUUUCGAGAAGAAAUUUGCUUCAGAUAUGCUAGAAAUUUUAUUUUAAAUAAUGAAUGGAAUACACCAAAAUCUAGAAAUCUUAGAGAAGCCUGUCAUAAGAUUCGGGGAUUCACUCAAGCAAUUAAAUUUUACAAAGAAAGCAUUUCUUAG